AUGAAACCCCUAACACAACGAACUCAGUCUGACCUCUUUCAACUCACCAGUGAAUAUGAAAAUGGUCCCACCACUCUCACCACAUACAUAUCGCCUCCAUCAACGCCGACAAAGGAAGGUGAAAGACAAAUAUCUCCGAAAAACGGUCCUCACAUUCCCGAGGGAAUAGUCAUGGAUCCUAGAGAUCUCAAUACUCCCGACAGUUGGAUUCCCCGUCAUAAGGAGCUAAUUAGAUUGACGGGAAAACAUCCAUUAAAUUGUGAACCACCAUUGCCGAUGCUGAUGCAAAGUUUCAUUACCCCCACACCACUACAUUACGUAAGGAAUCAUGGUCCGGUACCCAAACUUCAUUGGGAUACACAUCGUGUGGUUGUUGACGGACUCGUGAAAGAGCCAUUGAACCUCUCUAUGGCCAACGUAGUACAGUUUCCGUACAGGGAAUUUCCGAUGACCAUGGUGUGCGCUGGGAAUAGAAGAAAAGAGCAAAACAUGAUCAAACAAACCAUCGGAUUCAACUGGGGUUCCGCGGCAUGCAGCACUGCGUUGUGGAAAGGAGUGCCGCUGUGUCACGUGCUGAAAUUAGCCGGCGUUGACCUCGAUGAAGCUCGUUAUGUUUGUUUCUUGGGCGCCGAUAAACUACCGAAUGGCUCUUAUGGUACGAGCAUCACUAUUGAGCGGGCUAUUAAUAGCGCGAAUGAUGUGCUGUUGGCCUAUGAGAUGAAUGGCGAAAAGUUGACACCAGAUCAUGGAUAUCCCGUUCGGGUGAUCAUCCCCGGAUGCAUCGGAGGGCGUAUGGUCAAAUGGCUUACAAAGAUCACCGUGACCAAUAGAGAAUCCGAUAAUUAUUAUCAUUUUCAUGACAAUCGUGUUCUCCCUCCGGAAUACGAUGCGGAACGUGCCAACAAUGAAAAAAUAUGGUACAAUCCGGAUUAUCUGAUUAACGAACUUAACAUCAAUUCCGUUAUUACCUCGCCGGCACACGGUGAGCGAAUUUCCUUGUCGAGCUUUGUCAGUACCUCGGAAUAUAUAAUUAAAGGGUACGCGUACACGGGCGGAGGUCGUAAAUUAACGAGAGUCGAGGUGUCACUGGACGACGGAAAAUCAUGGUUACUUGCAAGUCUAACGUGUUCCGAGGAUUCACACCCAUCAGUCCUCAAUCGCUCAGCCAGAAAGUAUUGGUGUUGGAUCUUUUGGUCAAUCCCAGUGUCCAUAAUUCGUCUCGUGAGAUGUAAGGAGAUUCGCGUGCGAGCUUGGGAUGCAUCUCAAAAUACCCAACCAAACGACCCAACAUGGAAUGUCACGGGGAUGAUGAAUAAUUGUCAUUUCCGAGUGAAGGUGAACGCUAUGGAACAGGAGCGUGAAAUUACACUGACGUUUGAGCAUCCAACACAGGCCGGUAAUAAUAAUGGUGGAUGGAUGGUCAAACCUGAUACGAUCGUACCGGUAAAAACCUCAACGAAUGUAGCGAUUAGCGAAAAGCCUCAGUAUUCCAUCGAGCAAGUUGCGAAACAUGAUAACGCGAAUGAUGCUUGGAUCGUCGUGGAGAAGAAAGUCUAUGACUGCACGAAAUUUCUUAAAGUGCACCCUGGUGGUGCCGAUAGUAUUCUGAUCAAUGCUGGAGCCGAUUGUACAGACGAAUUCAAUUCUAUUCACUCUUCCAAGGCGCAUUGUAUGCUUGACGAUUACUACAUCGGUGACCUAUUCGAAACCGUAGCACCCGUUAACACAACCGCGUCCACCACCAAACGAUCGUCAAUAACUGAAUCAUCAAUUGCGCUGAACCCUAAAAUUUGGUUAAGUUGCCCACUCAUUCAAAAGAAAAUUAUCAGUCACGAUACUCGUAUUUUCAGGUUCUCUCUGGGAACUCAAAACCAUAAAUUCGGCUUACCUUCUGGAAAUCAUGUUCUCCUUCGAGCCACUGUGGGCGGAAAACCUGUCAUACGUGCCUAUACGCCGAUCACGACCCCCUUUGAUCCACCCGGUUACUUCGAUCUGUUGAUCAAAGUCUACUUUUGCAAUGUUAAUCCAAACUUCCCAGACGGUGGCCUAAUGACCCAACACUUGGAAUCUUUGAAUAUCGGAGAUUGUAUUGAAGUGAAGGGACCUAUUGGGUCGUUCGUUUACUACGGUCAGGGUCGAUACCAAGUAAAACGUGGCCUCACCAUUUCUUUGUGCAACUGUCGUCGCAUGGGAAUGAUAGCCGGAGGGUCGGGCAUCACACCUGUCUUCCAAAUAAUCCAAUCUGUAUUACACGAUGCCAAUGAUCUUACCGAAUUAUCUUUGAUCUAUGCGAAUCGAACCGAGGAAGAUAUUCUGUUGCGUAAGGAGUUGGACGAAUUGGCGAGAUGUGAAGGAAAGAGGCUCAAGGUGUAUUAUACGGUGAGUGAAAUACCCAAAAAGAAUAAGUGGAUCUACGGGAUAGGACACGUUACAGAAGCGAUGAUUAGGGAACGACUGCCAUCCCCAGAUGAAGACUCGAAAACCAUCGUGUUAAUGUGUGGACCACCGCAGAUGUUGGAAUCCACAUGUAUCCCUGUUUUGAAAAAUUUGGGAUUUAAAGAAUCCGAAUAUUUUGCAUUUUAA